GCGGGCAAACCUGGUCAGAAAAGAAUACUUUGCUAAACCAGAUGUAGCAAGCUAGCUAUGUACCUCCAUGCAAGGAUAGGGUGCACAACAAGUACGACAAAUAAUACGUAAGAAACUUCUUCACCAUGACAGGUUCACGCAAGGUGGCUGUCUCGCAACAAUGCACCGAUGGGAUAUCUAUUUCAGGGAAAGGUUAUUAAAUACCGAAGACAACACAAUAAGCCUGGAAGGUCAAUCUCAUGGCUGAGAGACGCUCAUCUCCGGCUGCCAGGGGGAAGAAGCGGCGGACUUUAUCGCUGACCAAAAGGGGUGGAGAUGGCCGAGCGAAUAGCGGAACGAACUCUAUCGCUGCGUUCUUCAACAACGCGCCUCCAGCCAAACUGGCCUGUCCACUGUGCGGUGAGAUGGUGCCCCGGUUCAAAAUAAACGAGCACAUCGACUCACAGUGCCAGACAUUUAUUGGGAAUGACCCCAAGGAUGCCGGUUUGUCGGGGAAUGGCGAUAAGAAAUGCGUUGUCUCCUCAACUCCAAAUGAUGGCGUCCCAAAUCAGGGCAGAGCACCAUGCCCUGAGGAGAAAAAACAUUCAGCCACCAGCCCUUAUUUUAAAAAGCAAGGGUUUUUGCAACAGGACCCACAGGAGUCCAGAAAUAGUGGAACUAAGCUUGUGAGGAAUGUAGACCUUGGGAGCCUGGCCUCAAAACUGUCCAGAAAAAGGCUGAAGUUCACUGACUGUGAGGAUACAUUGUGCCAACAGACAAGUAGAGCUCCACAAAACACUGAGCAAAUAGGGGGCAGUGUGGAGCUGAACAGCUCCCAAAAGGAGAACUACUGUGUUGAGGUUUCUGAUGACAGGUGCCCCACAGGUGACACUGAACCGACAAGCGACAGGACCACUCUAAGGACAGCUGCUUUUUCUGUGAACAGGCCUCAAACAGGGAGCGGAGAGGGCUCAGAUCAAAAAGAAUCAAUGUCCGAGUCUCCUCUUCCAGUGGUGUCCGUGUCAGUGCAGUCUUCUUCCACAUCCCGACUAAGCAAUAGCAAGAACAAAGAAGUGUGCAGAGUGGACCCUCCCAAACCAGCUCUCCCAGCUGCUGCCAGAAUUAAGAAUAAGAGGCAGAGAGAGGCGCCGAACAGUCAAAUCCUGAAAAAGAAAUUUACCCCAUCCUCAGGGCGCCCCCAGCUACCUCAGGAUAGUGUGGGAAGUGCAGGUGCCGGUACGAGCACAGGAAUAAGGGGGGAGAGUUCCGACCUGAAGCCCAGUGAAGCUGAAGCUAAUCUGACUCCUUGUGGCGGUUCUGAGCUGAAGCCCAGUGAAACUGAAGCUAAUCUGCCUCCUCAUGGUGGUUCCGAGCUGAAGCCCAGUGAAAAUGAGGCUAAUCUGGCUCCUCGUAGCGGGUCCGAGCUUAAGCCUGGUGAAGCUGAAGCUAAUUUGGCUCCUCGUGGCGGUUCAGAGCUGAAGCCCAGUGAAGCUGAAGCUAAUUUGGCUCCUCGUGGCGGUUCAGAGCUAAAGCCCAGUGAAGCUGAAGCUAAUUUGGCUCCUCGUGGCAGUUCAGAGCUGAAGCCCAGUGAAGCUGAAGCUAAUUUGGCUCCUCGUGGCGGUUCAGAGGGGAACAAGGUCACUGUGCGCCAUGCCCCGUUUGCAGAGGGAGGGAGGGGUGUAGAGCCGACGCGGCUGCCCUACUACCUGCGCAACUUCCUGACCGUGCUGGAGGCCGUGCUGGAGAACGAGGACGACAGGAUGCUCUUCAACCAGGACGACCUGGCAGUUAUCCACGCAUUUCAGCAGCUGUCAGCUGCUGGGCAGAUGCUCUACGUUCGGCUUUUCCAGAGGAAACUGCACUGGCUGCGGGUAAGCAGGCUGGAUUACUCAGAGAUUGGCUCAGACCUCGCCCCAGUGAUCCAGGAGCUGGCCAGCUGUGGGUUUCUGCAGAGAGAGAGUGACCUUCAGGACCUGGAGGAGGUGCUGGAGCUGCUUCCUGCUCCAGAGCUGAGGGGCCUGGCCAAGACGUUCCACCUGGGGGCCCCCGGGGCCCAGAAACAGCAGCUGGUGACGGACCUCCUCCGGCUGGGCCGGCAGCGCUCCCUCUUCGCCCUGCGCCCCGGGCAGACGGGCGCCGGGGCCGCCAUCCUAAAGAGGGCGAGGCAGCUGGCGGGGGCGUGCGUGCGCGUGUGCCGCGAGCCUCGCGCCGUCUUCUCCCGGGUCCUCCUCCUCUUCUCCCUCACGGACUCCCUGGAGGAAGAGGAGGCGGGCGCGGGCGGGCAGAACCAGCUCUACACCAUCCUGCUGGUCAACUCGGGCCGCCUGGCCUUCCCCGCCUACACCGUCCUGCGCAGGGAGAGGGUGUUCCAGGACAGGGAGGACCUCAUCAGGUACGAGGCCGCCAUGCGGGCUCUGCAGGAGGUGGUGUUGGCUAUGCAGGCUGGCAGCUGGGAGGGGGCCCUGGAGCUCUACACCACAGCUAAGCAGGUCUGGCUGGAGCAGCAGGAGCAGGACAGCCGAAACCACAGGCACCAGGAGGAACUGCCCGUGUUCCUGCGCUGUUUCACCACGGGCUGGGCCUACACCCGGCUGCUGUCCCGCGGCGUGGAGAUCCUGCAGAGACUGCGCCGCUAUGAGGAAGCAGUGCUGGAGCUGCGGUCACUGCUGGCUCAGGCAACGUUCUGUCCCGACAGCAGGGGGCGCUGGUGGGACAGGCUGGCACUGAAUCUACAGCAGCACCUAAAGCGCACUGAGCAGGCCAUAGGUGCCAUUCAGGAGGGCCUUUCAGACCCUCUGGUGCGCACGGGUCACCGGCUGUCCCUGUACCAGCGUGCCGUGAGGAUGAGGGAGUCCCCCAGCUGCAGGAAGUACAGGCUGCUCCUGAGGGACCUGCCCGCGGUGGAGGUGCAGGACGUCACGCACGUGACCAUCCGGGGAAAGAUGUUCCCGCACGCCGGAGGGAUGGGGAAGUCGGUCUUCCUCAUGGCAGCCGAUGAGGACGGAGGGAAUGCCGGCGAGGGCGACGCCCAGGCCACCGUCCUGUGCUCCGUGGAGGAGCUGGCACUGGCACACUACCGGCGGCUCGGGUUCGACCAAGGGAUUCACGGUGAAGGCUCAACAUUUUCCACUCUAUUUGGCCUCUUGUUGUGGGAUAUCAUUUUCAUGGAGGGCAUUCCUGACGUCUUUCGAAAUCCAUACCAGGCUUGCCCUCUGGACCUGCACACGGACCGUUUCUAUGGAAACCGGCGGGAGGCGAUAGAGGCGCGGGUGGAGGUGCUGAGGGAGGCCUCGGAGGAGACGCUGCACGCGCUGCUGGCCGACGCCUGGAGCUCACAGGAGGGGAGGCUGUGCACCCUGGUCAGCUGGGAGCGCUUCUCCUCCCUGCAGCAGGCCCAGAGUCUGGCGUCGUGUCUCGGCGGGGCCUUCCUGGCGGGAAUCGUGCAGCGCAUGGCCGAGGACUACCGCCACUGCCGCGGGGGACUACCUGACCUCGUGGUGUGGAACACCAGCAACAACACCUACAAGCUGGUGGAGGUGAAGGGCCCGAACGACCGCCUGUCCCAGAAGCAGCAGAUCUGGCUGGACGCGCUGCGGAAGCUGGGAGCCGACGUGGAGGUGUGUCACGUGACCGACGUCGGCGCCCGGGGGGAUCGCCUGGACUGAGACACGGGAUGGCUCUCGCACUCUCAGACAGACGCACCCUAUGAGUGCUCAGUACAGCUGGCCGGCCCCACCCUCUCUGCUAGACCGAGCCCCUUUUCUCUUGAGAAGGCUUGUGAUGAACCUUUGCCAGGGAGUGUGGCAAAAACAGUGCACUUGAACAAAUGAAACACUACGAACUCAAAAUUGAGAUGGAUUAAUCUUUUUUUUAAAUGCUCUCAGGUAGUACGCUAUGACGUGUAUGCAUUUCUUGUGAAAUAAAAUAAAAUCCUUAUUCCUAAA